UGACGAAAAAAAGAGAAGAAAAAAGAAAAAAAAAAAGACGAGCAUUGUACUAGAGUUUGAUUUCCGGUCUGAAAAUCUACGACUCUCCAGUCAAUUUUCUCGACUCGUCUUAAAAAUUGGCAAAAUAUCAGGUCUGAUAAUUCUACGAUAAUUGGAAAUGGCUACGGAGGACGCAGAAAAGGAAUUUGUGCCGCAUAAGAACAAAGCAUCCUCCGAUGACGAAAAGAGGAAAAAGAAAAUUGUUCCGGGAAGUUUGAUGAAAGCUCUAAUGCGGCCUGGUGGAGGCGAUUCAAGACCAUUGGAUGGCGAUCAGGUUAUUUACCAUUGCACUGUUCGAACAUUGGAUGGAGUUGUUGUUGAAUCGACGAGAUCAGAACAUGGAGGCAAAGAUAUUCCAAUAAGGCAUGUUUUGGGAAAAAGCAAAAUGAUAUUGGGAUUGCUUGAAGGGAUUCCAACAAUGUUGAAGGGCGAAAUAGCAAUGUUCAAGAUGAAGCCUCAGCUGCACUAUGGCGAGGAUGAUUGUCCAGUUUCAGUUUCCAGUGAAUUUCCGAAGGAUGAUGAACUUCAUUUUGAGAUUGAGAUGAUAGAUUUUUUUAAAGCAAAGGUCAUUAGUGAUGACAUGGGAGUCAUAAAGAAGGUCAUAGCUGAGGGGCAGGGCUGGGAAUCGCCAAGGGAACCUUAUGAAGUAAAAGCCUGGAUUUCUGCAAAGACUGCCAAUGGGAAGGUGAUCGCCUCACAUACUCAAGGAGAACCGUUCUUCUUUACUUUUGGAAAGUCAGAGGUACCUAAAGGUCUUGAAAUGGGAAUUGGUACAAUGGCACGGGGAGAGAAGGGAGUCAUAUAUGUGAAGGGUCAGUACUUAACUCAGUCUCCUUUCAUGCCUGAAGUAGAAGGCUUGGAAGAAGUGCACUUUGAGGUGGAGCUUGUUCACUUUGUUCAGGUGCGGGACAUGCUUGGAGAUGGCCGUCUAAUAAAACGUCGUAUUCGUGAUGGAAAGGGUGAGUUUCCAAUGGAUUGCCCUCUCCAUGACAGUCUCCUACGUGUUCACUACAAAGGCAUGCUUUUAAGUGAAGAAAAUAGAGUCUUUUAUGAUACAAGAAUUGAUAACAAUGGACAACCUUUGGAGUUCAGUUCGGGAGAAGGCCUUGUACCUGAGGGAUUUGAAAUGUGUGUUCGUUUGAUGCUGCCUGGAGAGGUUGCUCUUGUAACAUGUCCUCCAGAUUAUGCAUAUGACAAGUUUCCUAGGCCAACUAAUGUUCCUGAAGGAGCUCACAUCCAAUGGGAGAUUGAACUUCUGGGUUUUGAGACGCCAAAGGAUUGGACUGGUAUGAACUUUCAAAGUAUAAUGGAUGACGCAGAGAAGAUCAGAAGUACGGGUAACAGGCUCUUCAAAGAAGGUAAAUAUGAAAUUGCAAAGGCAAAGUAUGACAAGGUGCUUCGGGAAUUCAAUCAUGUUAAUCCACAGGAUGAUGAGGAAGGGAAAGUAUUUGUAGACACACGUAAUUUGUUAAAUUUGAAUGUGGCUGCCUGCUAUCUGAAGAUGGGUGAAUGCAGAAAAUCAAUUGAGACAUGCAACAAGGUCUUAGAUGCAAACCCUGCACAUGUCAAGGCUCUAUACCGCCGUGGUAUGGCCUAUAUGGCAGCCGGAGAUUUCAAGGAAGCAAAGAUUGAUUUCCAAAUGAUGAUAAAAGUAGACAAGUCAUCAGAACCUAAUGCAAAAGCCGCUCUUCUAAAGCUGAUACAAAAGGAGCAGGAAGUUGAGAGGAAAGCUCGAAAACAGUUCAAGGGACUAUUUGACAAGAAGCCAGGGGAAAUUUCAGAUGUUGGAACAGAAGAUGGAGGUCGGACUAAAGCUAAAGAACAGCAGGAUGAACAGGUUGAUUCAGAUAGCAAUAAUUCCGAGGAAACUCAUGAAGCUGCAAAUAAUCCACGUCAAGAGAGUUGGUUCUCCACACUCUGGCCUUCUGGGAGAAGACUAUUUUCGGCUCUGGGCCUGCAAAAAUGUACCAUUUUGUAAUUAUUAUUAGAAAAAAAUAUCAUGAACGUUAUCUAUUUGUUGUUGGAUUCAGCGUCAUUCCAAUCCGUUAUCUAUUGGUUUAGUUAAAAUUAUGCUCCACAGCGCUACAUGGUUCAUGCAAAAUACAGAGUAAAUUACUUUCUCUACCCGAAUAAAAGCUGACAAGGCAUUAUUAGUUGAAGUCAAAAGGAGAAAAAACGAUGCCCUUAUUUGAGCUAGAUUCACAAUUUCUAUUAGAUAAUCUUUUUAAGAAUGUUGUUUCUCUUUUCUUUUUGAAAAUUCUAUGACAAAUGUGUAUACCAUCAA